AUGAAGCUCGGGCAGCAGCACAGUAACGAAAUGGGGCCAUUAUUGAAGGCGCCCGUCUUGACCGCUGGAGAAGCUCUUCGCCGCGAGUGGACGCAGUGGAGGCGUGGCCUUCGCGGAUGCUGGGUUCUGGGGCCUAGGUAUCCUCCCCAUCAUCCUGAAUACCAAUGGGCAGGGUCAGAAGGUCCUAGUGCGAUGGAGCCCUCCUACGCGCCAGCACGCCCAUUGGCCCACAUUGUCAGUUAG